GAGACGAUGUGGAAGACGAUUUAGAACUUGGCCUACAGCAGGGACCCUCCCUCUGGCGCGGAAUGCCAUGUUACUUCUGGGGCACUGAUGUUUUACAAUGCCUGAUCAAGACAAAAAGGUGAAGACCACGGAAAAAUCAACUGAUAAAAAGCAACAAGGAGUCACCAUCAGGGACUAUUCAGAUCUUAAAAGACUUCGUUGCCUUUUGAACGUUCAGUCAAGCAAACAACAGCUUCCAGCCAUUAACUUCGACAGUGCCCCAAAUAGCAUGACGAAGUCUGAGCCUGCCAUCAAGCUGGGAGGACACAGAACCCGAGGUCAGUGGCAUGAGUCCACAGAAGCCGUUGAACUUGAAAAUUUUAGUAUAAACUACAAGAAUGAGAGAAACUUUAGUGAACACCCCCAACACAGACUAUUUCAGGAGGUCUUUACAGCCUUGGUGAAAAACAGACUCAUAUGCAGAGAAUGGGUUAAUCGAGCCCCGUCUCUUCAUUUCCUGAGAGUGUUAAUCUGUCUGAGACUACUAAUGAGGGAUCCGUGUUAUCAGGAGAUACUCCAUAGCUUGGGUGGGAUUGAAAACCUAGCUCAGUACAUGGAGCUCGUGGCCAAUGAGUACCUCGGCUACGGGGAAGAGCAGCACGGUGUGGACAAGCUGGUCAACAUGACGUAUAUUUUUCAAAAGCUUGCUGCUGUCAAAGACCAAAGAGAAUGGGUCACCGCAAGUGGAGCCCACAAGACAUUAGUAAAUUUACUUGGUGCCCGAGACACUAAUGUUUUGCUGGGUGCCCUUCUGGCUCUGGCUAGUUUAGCUGAAAGUCCGGAAUGUAGGGAGAAGAUAAGUGAACUCAACAUUGUGGAAAAUCUGCUGAUGAUUUUACAUGAAUAUGACUUGCUUUCCAAAAGAUUAACCGCGGAGUUACUGCGCCUGCUCUGUGCCGAGCCCCAGGUGAAGGAGCAGGUGAAGCUCUACGAGGGGAUACCCGUCCUCCUCAGCCUGCUCCACUCCGACCACCUGAAGCUGCUCUGGAGCGUGGUCUGGAUCCUGGUUCAGGUUUGCGAGGACCCCGAGACCAGUGUGGAAAUUCGCAUCUGGGGAGGCAUCAAGCAGCUUCUUCAUAUUUUACGAGGAGACAGGAAUUUUGUUUCUGAUCGUUCUUCCCUCGGCAGCCUGUCGAGCGCGAAUGCGGCCGGCCGGAUCCAGCAGCUUCAUUUGUCAGAAGAUUUAAGCCCUCGGGAAAUACAAGAAAAUACUUUCUCUCUUCAAGCAGCCUGCUGUGCUGCCCUCACGGAGCUGGUGCUGAACGACACCAACGCCCACCAGGUGGUCCAGGAAAAUGGUAUAUAUACAAUCGCAAAGUUAAUUUUACCAAACAAGCAAAAGAAUGCAGCAAAAACCAAUCUGUUACAGUGUUAUGCAUUCAGAGCCUUGAGGUUUCUAUUCAGUAUGGAAAGAAACAGACCACUCUUUAAAAGGCUUUUCCCCGCUGACCUGUUUGAGAUCUUCAUCGAUAUCGGACAUUAUGUUCGUGACAUCAGCGCAUAUGAAGAAUUGGUAUCCAAGUUGAAUGUGUUAGUGGACGAUGACCUGAAGCAAGUUGCUGAAAAUAUUGAAAGCAUUAAUCAGAAUAAAGCUCCUUUGAAAUACAUAGGCAACUACGCAGUUCUGGACCAUCUUGGAAGUGGGGCUUUCGGCUGUGUCUACAAGGUUAGAAAGCGUAGUGGUCAAAAUCUUUUAGCAAUGAAAGAGGUCAAUUUACAUAACCCAGCAUUUGGAAAGGAUAAAAAAGAUCGAGACAGCAGUGUAAAGAAUAUUGUUUCUGAAUUAACCAUAAUUAAAGAGCAGCUCUAUCAUCCCAAUGUUGUACGCUAUUACAAAACAUUUCUGGAAAAUGAUAGGUUGUAUAUAGUUAUGGAGCUUAUAGAAGGGGCCCCUCUUGGAGAGCAUUUCAAUUCUUUGAAGGAAAAACAGCAUCAUUUUAUUGAAGAAAGACUAUGGAAAAUAUUUAUACAGCUGUGCUUAGCUCUUCGGUACUUACACAAGGAGAAGAGGAUUGUCCACAGGGAUCUGACGCCAAACAACAUUAUGUUGGGGGAUAAGGACAAAGUAACAGUGACUGACUUUGGGCUGGCAAAGCAAAAACAAGAGAACAGUAAACUAACAUCUGUUGUUGGAACAAUCCUGUAUUCCUGCCCUGAGGUGCUGAAGAGCGAGCCGUACGGGGAGAAGGCUGACGUCUGGGCGGCCGGCUGCAUCCUUUAUCAGAUGGCAACUCUGAAUCCCCCCUUCUACAGCACCAACAUGCUCUCCCUGGCUACAAAAAUCGUGGAGGCAGUAUAUGAGCCAGUGCCAGAAGGCACCUACUCUGAGAAAGUGACAGAUACCAUCAGCAGGUGCCUCACUCCAGAUGCAGAAGCCCGCCCAGAUAUUGUAGAAGUCAGCGCGAUGAUAUCAGAUGUCAUGAUGAAGUAUUUAGACAGCCUCUCCACAUCCCAGCUGGCUUUGGAGAAGAAGCUGGAACGGGAACGGAAGCGCACCCAGAGGUACUUCAUGGAGGCCAACCGGAACGCCGUCACAUGUCACCACGAGCUGGCUCUGUUAUCUCAUGACACCUUUGAGAAGGCAAGCCUGAGUAGCAGCAGCAGUGGGGGUGCCAGCCUAAAGAGCGAGCUCUCAGAAAGCACAGACCUGCCCCCUGAGAGCUUCCAGGCCCCUUGUGGUAAGGAUGAAGACAGGGCCUGUGACGAAGUCCUGUCCGAGGAGAACUUCAACUUGGAAAAUGUUGACAAAGACAUGUACUCAGAGCUAGAUGAUGAACUGGACAUUUCGGACAACUCCAGCAGCUCCAGUUCAAGCCCUUUGAAAGAAUCUACAUUCAGCAUUUUAAAGAGAAGUUUUAGUGCCUCAGGAGGAGAAAGGCAAUCCCAAACAAGGGACUUCCCUGGUGGAAUAGGAUCCAAACCGAGACCAGCUUUGCUGCCUCUUGACCUGCUUCUGAAAGUACCACCCCUCAUGCUCAGGGCCCACGUUAAGGAGCUAGAGGCCGAGUUAGUGACGGGGUGGCAGUCCCAUAGCCUCCCCACUGUGAUUCUUCGCAAUCUCAGAGAUCAUGGGCCACAGAUGAGCACAUUCUUGUGGCAAGCCUCUGCAGGGAUUGCGGUGUCCCAGAGGAAAGUACGACAGAUCAGCGAUCCUAUUCAGCAGAUCUUAAUUCAGCUGCACAAAAUCAUCUACAUCACACAGCUCCCUCCGGCUUUGCACCACAAUUUGAAAAGAAGGGUUAUAGAGAGAUUCAAGAAAUCCCUCUUCAGCCAGCAGAGUAACCCCUGCAAUUUGAAAUCUGAAAUUAAAAAGUUAUCUCAGGGAUCUCCAGAACCGAUCGAGCCCAACUUUUUCACAGCAGAUUACCAUUUAUUAUGUCAUUCAUCAGGUGGAAACAGCCUGUCUCCGGAUGACCCAACAGGUCUGUGCACCACCUUGGAUUUGGAGGAGGGACUAACAUAUGAGCAGAUGCAGACUGUGAUUGAAGAAGUCCUAGAAGAAAGUGGCUAUUACAACUUUACAUCUACCAGAUAUCACUCCUAUCCGUGGGGGACCAAGAAUCACCCAACCAAAAGAUGAAAACCCUGCAUUUUGAACAGACUUGGUUUUCCUCGUGAAGUUCAGGUUCUGGACUUCAACUCUACCACAUGCCCAGGGAUUGGGAGCUGCUGUAAGGAUAUGGAAAAGAAAAGACCAAGACCUCUCUCUGGAGGCCCUGUGCUAGCUAGGUUACGUGGCCGGGGCAGUGUGGGAAGGCUCUGCUCCUUGGACCCGGCAGGCACAAGAUGACAGCGCACUGAGCAUGCUCCUGGGAGAAAAUGCUGCAAGAUUCAUCCGUGGGAAGAAAACUUGCUCCUCAUGGAGCUUUCCUCCAAGUUAAAAAAAUAAGACAAAAGCAAACACACACACACAGAGUCAUAUUUUUCAAUGGAAUAUUUUAUAUUUAGGAUUGCCGAAUCUAUGUUUAAAGGCAUCUAGCCUUCCAUGUAUAAAAAUAGUUUUAGAUAAAGGCCCCAGAGUCAUAACAUAUUGGGUAAUUCACUGUAUUCCCCAAUUUUCUUAUUUAAAAAAAUUCAAAAUAGGUGACUGGAUUUUAUUGUUGUUAUUGUUGUUGUUUCAAGGAAAGGAUUGGCUCUCUCUUAACCACUUGGGUGCUAGUGGUCUGAAGACAGUAGACAGUAUUUGUAACCUUGCACAGCGUCUGGGAAUAACUGUCAGAUUGCCGGACGUAAGCUACACGAAUAGAUAUAUUGCUGUGCGGUGUAUGUUUAAAUACAUAUAGAAGGGGGGAGUGGGGAGAGUUUUUGGUUAGGCUACUGCUUUGCUGCUAAUCAAACUUAUAGUGUUUUUAGAGCACUUUGAAGAGUUCAUGGAAUCUAUGAAAGAGAUGCAAUAUUCCUUAUUCUAAUUCCCUUCUUACUAAAAUUACCUACAUUGUUUUACUGUUUUUAUUAUUUGGGAAUUUGAAAUGAAAAUAAGCUAUAUAAUAAAAUAUAAGUCCCUCCUUUAUUCGUUGAGACAACCCUAAAACCACAAGAAAUCAGAAUGCCAAAGAGUGUUUCUUUCCUUUGUAGGGAGACUUCAUGAUGAAAAUUGUCUAGAUUCUUAUUGGGCUAAAAUCUCUUCCCCUGGCUUCUUGUCAGUGGUCUGACACCAGGACACGCCCUAUUGCCAAGUCAGACCGCACUGCACGAAGAACAUUCUAAGUCUAUGUAGUCCUCGGAAAACUGGAAUUCUGCUUUGGAUUUACUUCUCACUGAGUUCUGGUAUCUUUAUUUACACUGAUAUAUUUUUAGCAUCAUUGAACAGGAUUUAGUACAAUAUAGUUAGUGAUUGAAACAUAAUCACCUUUUGGUAUAGUCUGGAAAAUCUCUUAAUGUGAAUCCAUACUAUUUUUACAGUUUGUACAUCCAAUACUUAAAGGACAUCCACAUUUCCUGUAACUAAUGCCUUUGAAAAAUUGCCAAGGAAUCUUUGUCUUUAAGCCAAAUUAGUGAUUACAAGUACACUGUAAUUUUAAGUAACAGAUGCAGUUACAGUAAUGAAAAAUGUCAGUUUCAGCUUUCAGACCAGUUUCAUCCAUAUGUGAGAUUUAUGUGUAAAAUCAAAAAGCUAUGAUUUUUUUGAUCUACCCAGGUAAAAUUUUAUUCCUGUCCCAACUGAAUUGAACUUGCACUAUUAUUUUUUAUAUCUGUUCCUGUACAGAAUGGGCACGUUUCCUCACUGUGUAGGAGGCGAGGCCUAACAGGGGCAUAAAUUGCAAUUGUGAUGGAAGCCGAUACCUGGAAAUAAACCAAGCUGUGGGUGAAAGUUUGAACAAUAAGGCUCUUUCUCAAAUGAUAAUAUAUAAUCAACAAUGGUUAGAAGAGAAGAGUACUCAGAGGUCACACCUUAGCAAAAAAAAAAGAAAAAGAAGAAAGGGGAAAAAAAGACAGAGAAAUGAUUUCUUGGAAGGUGUUUUCAAAUGCAUGUAGUUGCCCUUCUAGACCAGAAAGGGAGCGAAAUGUUUCUAUUUCAUUUAGACCUUAGACGUGGCAUGUAUUAUUCUAGAAGCCAGUACGGAUGAACGAAGGGAAACACAUGGAUGUCCUGUUUACCAGCAGCUUAAUCCGGUCAACUCUCUGCUGACAGAUGCAUUCUUUUGCCAAAGUCAUGAAUGUAUUUUAUUUGAUUCCUUUCUUCAACUACCAGUCACUGGAUCUACAUUCUCCCAAUGCAAGGGCAGGCCUCCACGAGAAAGUUAGGCACUGGGAAGGGAUCCCUUUCGUGCAUGGAGUCUCAUCCCCACAGUGAUGUUACCUUUUCAAAAGCCCUCACUUUCUCACUUUCCAACCAGGAGCCCCCUGCCCUCACAAAAGAACAAGAACGAUCAUUUUGUUUUCACCCUCUGAGCCGCACUGUAGUGCAAAGAAGUUGUUUCUUGAGCGUCAUCAGCCUUUCUUUUCUUGAUUGCAUUUACAUUUUUCCUCUUUCUCUUCUACAUAAUUGUUAAUUAUUUGUUGUGCAAUGAAAUCCCCGUGAAUCCAUCUAACUCUCAGUCACUGAAUAUUUGUGUGGGACAAAAUCUGAAUCAGUCUCUUCGGAUCACUUUGGAUACACAAAUGCUUCCGUUAAUUAUGUUUUGACCUACCAACUCGAUCUGCACAUGUGCACUUAAAACCUUAAUUUGCUUUUUCAAAGCAGAAUGUUCCAUUUUCAGGGAAGUGACCCAGCAGGCAUGUGUGCUUGCUAGGUUGUUAACCUUGUCUUCUUCUAGAUGUGUGACAUGUAAUCAGAGGUCCCUAGGGAAUAGUAACAUGGACACUAGACCCAGUGCCCAUGGGUGAAUUUCAGGAACUUGCUAGAGAAAGGCUGUUUGAGUAUAACAUGAACACUUGUGUGGUAUUGGGCAGUGUGCAUAGUCUGGGCAUUCUAAAGCAGACCCUAAUUAAGAAAUGCUGUUAUGAAGUUUACCCCAAUGAUGGAAAUGAUUGAGAGUGAAGGUCUUCUUAGAGGUAUCACCUAUGACUUAUUAAAUACUAUGAAUUUUGAUGAUCAAAACCAAAUACUGGACCGGUUGAUUCCAUGCAAUUCCAGCAAUAACAUCAGGUUUUCACCACUCCUAUGUAAGAUGUGUGAGGGCAAUACUAUUGUUUAGGCAACUCUAUCAGUAUUAAUAUGCAUGGAAUCCACAUCCCUCGAUUUGAUUUGCUGAAUCGCACAAUAUUUUUAUUGCUGUUUCUCUCUCUUUGGAAUGACGAUGGACCAUGUACAGGAAAUAUGUUGGAUUCCUUUAGAAAUGGCUUCAGCUUCUAUUUGAAGGCGGGAAAUCCUUCUUUGUAACGUACUUUUAUUGUUUGCCUUUUAGUUUUUCUGUGGUGUGUAUUCAUGACACAGAAAUCAGCUGGAGAGGCAAUACAUUAGAAUCAGGCUGAACCAGGUCCUCAGCACCCUGGUGACGCAGCAAUGAAGGGCUUGUGAGCAAAGGAAACCUAGUGCCUCCAUGUAGUGACCUUGACUCUUGGGGUCAAAUUCCCUCAAAACAUGAAAUUCUUCAUUGUCAACAACUAAAUGUGAUAAUAAGUAUAUCUUGUGUACCUCCACAUCUUCCAGAGAGUAUCCUUUGAUGGAAAUGGACAGAGUUUGGGAUAGAUUAUUUGUUCCACUGAAAUGUGCUGCUUACCCUUGGAUGCUGUUUUUCAGAUUAAUAGGAAGACACAGAUGUCUCAGAGAAACAACUUUGUGAUAAAGAAAUUCUUACAUGUUGUCAUUGCAGUUAAACUGCAUAUUGUAAAUAUGAUUGUUAUGGUUGAUUAUAUUCCUGCUGUGAUGUUGCUCUGAGAUUUGCAACAGGGAUGGGAAGGAUUGUAUGAUUUUGACAGAGUGACUGAUGGAUAUUUACAUGUCCUCUGGGUCCAUGGGCAACAGUUAUUUUAAAAAUGAUGAUCACACAGCCUAGGAGCAUAACAGCAUUCUUGGGAUCUGAGCUAUGUUAGUUGUUGUUUGUUUGUUUUGUUUUACUACAUAUAAGCAGUAAUGAACCAAUUUUUAUUUUUUUUAAUUCAUUGAUUUUAUCCUAAAAGUGAACUCUAUUCUCAAUUGAAGACUGGAUAUUAGUCCUCAAACGGCUGCAAGCUGCCUUCCCCCCAUUUUGCACCAUGAAGCUCUGCACUGAACCCAGGAGCUGUAGUCACAGGUGGCAGAAGUGUGUUCAUUACAGCCAAUACGUGACUGUUCAAAGGCUGUCAUUUGGAAGUGGCUUCCCUUUGUUUCCUCUGAACAAAGAUAGAAGUUUUGUUGUUUAUAGAAACCCAGGUAAUUGGCAAGUCUGGACAGAUGCUUGGGAUUGAUCUAGUGAGCUCACAAAUGAAAAAUGAGCUGACGUUUCUGCCAACGGGUCAUAAACUGGUCCCAUAAAACAAGCAGAGAGAGGUUUGGACUAGAAUAACAAACCAAGAGGAACCAAAGCUUUAAGCCUUAGCACCUGUCAGACGGCAGAGGUCACUUAUAAAAUAAUGUUCUUAAUCCAUGAUUUAGUUCCACAUUUCAAGCACCACUUGAGUCAGAAUUCUGGAAAGGAAUAUAAUGCUUAUGCAUGGCUAUUAAAUUUUAGCUUUCCUUGCCCUUCACACAAGUAUGUGUACCUCAUACUUCAGUAAAUGUGGAAGGUAAUGGAGCUGGUAUAGGGCUACCUUAGACUGAAAAGGAAUGUAUGAAGUAUUUUUAUGAACCCCACAUAGCAUGGCGGGAGGCAUGUAAACAGAAGUACCCUGAAGUGAAGUCAGAACCUGUUAAAGAUAAAAGGUGACUCUUUCAAAGAUGUGGGACAAAUCCACAAAUAAAAACUGAGAAGUCACAGGGCAAAUAGGAGGCAAGGGCAUCCCAGACCUGGCAUCUCCCAGCAGGGUGGCAGGCGGUUGACGGAGGUGCCGGGCAGUUCCUGAUGCUUGGCGGGUUCCUGCCACAGGGUGUCCUGGAAGGGGCGGAUCAGGCACCUCCCCCACAUGCAGUUCCUGAUGGACCCAUCUCUUGGCACUGUCACCAAUGAGCUGAAAACCCCAGACAGUAGCACGUGGACCACCAAGGCUCCCUAGUAACACGUUGGUCCAAUCCUUAGGGUCCCUCUGAAGCAUUCCAAAGACAUCAGACUCCUCGGGGACACAGUUUUGCCUCCCACUCGGGGACUGUGGCUCUGCCACUGGCCCCAUGUUUGCAUCCCCAUCUUUCAGCUACGCCUCAGGCCUGUUUUGUCAGACAAAAUAAAUUUUACAAGACACAUAUGUGGAUAUUAAAUAGAUCAGUGCAGGCAGAUUUGAAUACACUUAUACCUGACUGGGCAGAAAAGAAGCAUUUCAAGGUGUUUCAGGUGUCUGCACGUAAACCAGCUGAUAAUCAGGCUAUGGAAAGAUGCCACUGUGUUGCUCUUCCAAAGUGGGAAACAAAAAUCACUCCAAAGGACAAUCUUUUAAGUGCAUUUUGUGUACUGACAUUUGGGGGAUCAAAACUGAAUUACGAUGCUUCCUGUAUUCUGUUGCUCCCACGGGUGAGUCUGUGACGAGCUGUCCUCUGAGAGAAAGAACAGCCCCUAAUCUCAUGUUGCCCAGACCCUCCGUGUUCUGGACCCCCACAGGUCCGCUGUGCCCGCAGAAUGGAAACGUGACUUUCAUGUGCUUUUUUUCCUGUAGCUUCCAGGAGCAGGUCUUUUUCUGUUCAAGUCUCAUCCACAGGGCUCUCUUGUCUGGCACACACCCCCGCUCCCCAGUCCUACCGGAAGAAGAGACUGUUACAAGGUUUCCUGCAGGGAGCCCCACGUUGUUAGGGUAAUGUCCGGAGUUCUGUGAGGAUAUGUGGAAGGGGAGGCGGAGGGGUGAUGGACUUCUUCUGCUGCACGUGAUUCUGUCCUCCCCAAACCUCCAAAAACCCUUCUGCUGGGAGUGUCCUGAGACGAAGUUGGGGACCCUGGAAGAGAAGAGAAAUGCCAUGCCUCUGAAAGAUUUAUUUAAAACAUGCACGUGGCCUUUAUUUUUGCUAUCGCUUAAAUAUGCUCUGUAAAAUGCUAAAGAAAAUUAAAACUGUAUUUUCCAUCUUA